AUGAGUGACAACGACGAGACUCAGGUGUUAGCUCAGUUAAAGGGUAAGCUAUGGUAUCAUUUAGAGAUGAUGCUACAGGACAUCGAGUCACGAGACAGCAACACCGCACAUGUGACACAUUCCAAGAAGUACAUCAACGCAAUGGUAGAAGUGGUGUUAACUAAGCUACAGGACAUGACAGCAGAUUUGGAAGCAUUCGCGAAACACGACACGGGACGUCAAACCAGAGAGAUCAACACAGCUGACCUGUGUUUAUAUUUACGCAACUCACCCCAGUUGCAACAGACAAUAACACCAAAUAAGUAA